UUUUUUUUUUUUGUUAAACUCCCAGAUGAAAGCACAAAAAUGGCGGAUUGGAGUUUCCACUUCUAAAUUUGUCAGGAUUGAGUUCAGGAAGUGAAAAGAGAGAAUCGUAUCAGUUGGGGAAAUUGCAGUCCUGAAAAAUGACACGUUGGGUUCCUACCAAAAAAGAAGAAAAGUAUGGCGUAUCGAUUUAUAACUAUGAUGCCAAGGGACCAGAGGAGCUCUCUCUACAGAUUGGGGAGACUGUUCAUAUUUUAGAAACACAUGAAGGUUGGUAUAGAGGAUAUUCUUUACGGAAAAAGUCAAAAAAGGGUAUAUUUCCUUCUUCAUAUAUUGAGCACAAAGAUGCACAAGUUGAGGGAAAAGGGCAGCAUGAAACCGUUACUCCUACUGAAGUUCCACUUGUACAAGAAGUCACUACAACGCUUCGUGAAUGGUCAGCCAUAUGGAAACAACUUUUUAUUCACGAUAAUCGGGAGACAUUUAACCGUGUCCGGAGCAUGAUGUAUGAUCUUAUUGAAUGGAGGUCACAGAUACUUUCUGGAACACUUCCACAAGAUGAGCUUAAAGAACUGAAACAGAAAAUCACCUCUAGGAUUGAUUAUGGGAACAGGAUUCUUGGCUUGGAUUUGGUUGUUAGAGAUGAUGAUGGAAACACUUUGGAUCCUGAACAGACAAGCACCAUCAGCCUUUUCAGAGCUCAUGAAAAGGCUGCUAAACAAGUAGAGGAAAGACUACAGGAAGAGCAGAUGAAACAAAUUGACAUUCGAACCCAGAUAAAAUGGGCACGUGUGCCUGACUUGGCACUCUGGAAAAGAACUUGGGAAAUUGUCUGUCUAUUGGGGAAGAAAUCUGAACUACUGAUGCUAAUACAUGAUCCAUUUGAAUCCACUUAUCUUGCUGACUUGAGCGAGAACUACCUGGUGCGAUGGUCAAGUUCUGGUUUACCUAAAGACAUUGACAAGUUGCAUAAUCUUCGAGCUGUUCUAACUGAUCUUGGCAGUAAAGACUCCGCAAGAGAAAAAAUCACUUUUGUAUGCCAAAUCAUAAGAGUGGGUCGUAUGGAAUUGAGAGAGAAUACAAAGAAACCAACUUCUGGCCUCCGCAGACCAUUUGGAGUUGCAGUAAUGGAUGUUACUGACAUCCUUAAAGGAAAGGUGGAUGAUGAGGACAAACAGCACUUUAUUCCUUUUCAGCCACUAGCUUUGGAUGAUGCCACACAGCACAGGCAGCUGAAUAUAUCAUCCCGUUUUUCACCCAGGGUGGCAGGAGAGAAUGAUUUUCUUCAGACUGUCAUAAACAAAGUGAUUGCUGCUAAGGAAGUCAACCACAAAGGUCAAGGAUUAUGGGUAACACUAAAACGACUUCCUGGAGAUGUGACUCAAAUACGAAAAGAUUUUCCACAUUUAGUGGACAGAACUACAGCAGUUGCACGAAAGAUGGGAUUUCCAGAAAUAAUAAUGCCAGGUGAUGUUCGCAAUGAUAUCUAUGUGACCCUUGUUCAAGGAGACUUUGACAAAGGCAACAAAACUACUCAUAAAAAUGUGGAAGUAACCUUGUCAGUUUAUGAUGAAGAUGGCAAACGAUUAGAGGGUGUCAUUUAUGCUGGAGCUGGAGAUGAAGGUAUUUCUGAGUACAGAUCUGUGAUAUAUUAUCAAGUAAAGCAGCCACGGUGGUUUGAAACUGUUAAGGUAGCAAUUCCAAUUGAAGAAGUAAAUCGAAGUCAUUUAAGAUUCACAUUUCGUCAUCGUUCAUCUCAGGAGUCUAAAGAUAAAUCUGAGAAAAUAUUUGCCUUGGCAUUUGUUAAGCUGAUGAGAUAUGAUGGAACAACACUAAGAGAUGGAGAACAUGACCUCAUAGUUUAUAAGGCAGAAGCGAAGAAGCUGGAGGAUGUUGCAACUUAUCUUAACUUGCCAUGUACUAAGCUAGAACUAGAAGAAAGACAUUCAUCCAGUGGAAAAAGCAUGCAGAAUCUAGGAAUUUGUGCCAUUAGUAAGGACUCGUUCCAGAUUUCAACACUGGUUUGCUCAACAAAACUAACACAAAAUGUUGAUCUCCUGGGACUUUUGAAAUGGCGUUCUAAUACAAGCAUGUUGCAGCAGAAUCUGAAGCAGCUAAUGAAAGUAGAUGGUGAAGAAGUUGUAAAGUUUUUGCAAGAUACUCUUGAUGCACUUUUCAACAUCAUGAUGGAAAAUUCUGAAUGUGACACAUUUGAUACGCUGGUAUUUGAUGCUCUGGUGUUUAUCAUUGGACUUAUUGCUGACAGAAAGUUUCAACACUUUAAUCCUGUUCUGGAAACUUACAUUCGAAAACAUUUCAGUGCUACUUUGGCAUACAUAAAGCUAACCAAGGUUUUAAAAAACUAUGUGGAUAAUGCAGAGAAACCUGGGGUGAUUGACCAGUUAUGCAGAGCUCUGAAAGCUGUAGAAUAUAUCUUCAAGUUUAUUGUGCGCUCCCGAAUCCUUUUCAUACAGAGGCUGCACUAAUGUUCCUGCCAAUGAUUAUUAAUGAUCUCAAGCAAGUGUUUGAAGCCAAGGAGCUUAGCAUUCUGUUUACAGAUUUUAUCCAUAAUGUUCCAAUGGAUCGACUUGUCCAAAACAAGCUAACGUGCUUGAUCGAUAUAAUACACAGUGACCUCUUCACUCAGCAUGAUUGCAGAGAAAUAUUGUUGCCCAUGAUGACCGAGCAGUUGAAAUUCUACAUGGAGAGCCAGGAAGAAUUGAGGUUAUGUUGCUCACUGCUGAGGUUAUGUUGCUCACUGCUGAGUGACAUUCUGGAAGUGCUGUAUAGAAAUGAUGUGGGACCAACACACCGACAUGUCCAGCUAAUUAUGGAAAAGCUGUUGAGAACAGUGAACAGAACAGUCAUCGGUCUAGGGCGUGACUCUGAGCUUAUCGGAAAUUUUGUUGCUACUAUGACAGCCAUUUUACGACAAAUGGAAGAUUAUCAUUAUGGUCAUUUAAUCAAGACGUUUUGGAAGAUGAGAUCAGAUGUGGUGGACUUCUUGAUGGAGACCUUCAUCAUGUUUAAGGACCUUAUAGGGAAAAAUGUCUAUCCUUCAGACUGGAUUAUAAUGAAUAUGAUGCAGAACAAGGUCUUUCUUCGAGCAAUCAAUCAGUAUGCUGAUGUGCUAAAUAAAAGGUUCCUCGACCAAGCAAAUUUUGAGUUACAGCUCUGGAACAACUAUUUCCAUCUCGCUGUUGCCUUUCUUACCCAAGAUUCAUUGCAGCUGGAAACAUUUUCUAGUGCAAAACGUGCUAAAAUACUGAACAAAUAUGCAGAUAUGAGAAGACAGAUUGGAUUUGAGAUCAGGGAUAUGUGGUAUAACCUUGGUCAACAUAAAAUCAAAUUCAUCCCAGAGAUGGUUGGACCCAUACUUGAGAUGACAUUAAUUCCAGAGACUGAGCUCAGAAAAGCUACAAUUCCCAUAUUCUUUGACAUGAUGCAGUGUGAAUUUCACUCUACGAGAAGUUUCCAAAUGUUUGAAAAUGCGAUCAUCACCAAACUGGAUCAUGAAGUGGAAGGAGGCCGAGGAGAUGAGCAGUACAAAGUAUUAUUUGAGAAAAUCCUUUUGGAACACUGUAGAAAGCACAAAUACCUUGCAAAAAGUGGUGAGGCUUUUGUUACCUUAGUAUAUAGAUUGAUGGAGAGGCUUCUGGACUACAGAACCAUCAUGCAUGAUGAAAACAAAGAAAACCGUAUGAGCUGUACUGUUAAUGUACUGAACUUCUAUAAAGAAAUAGAAAGGGAAGAAAUGUAUAUAAGGUAUUUGUACAAGCUGUGUGAACUGCACAAAGAAUGUGAUAACUACACUGAAGCUGCCUACACACUGUUACUACACGCAAAGCUUCUUAAGUGGUCAGAAGAACCUUGUGCAGCACAUCUUACUCAGCGGGAUGGCUAUCAAGCAACUACACAAGGACAACUUAAAGAACAACUGUGCCAUGAAAUAAUAAAUUAUUUUGACAAGGGCAAGAUGUGGGAAGAGGCCAUUGCCCUGGGCAAAGAGCUUGCUGAACAGUAUGAAAAUGAAAUGUUUGAUUAUGAACAACUAAGUAGUCUGCUGAGAAAACACGCUCUGUUUUAUGAAAACAUAGUGAGAGUGAUAAGGCCAAAACCAGAUUACUUUGCUGUUGGGUACUUUGGUCAAGGAUUCCCUACAUUUCUGCGGAACAAAGUGUUCAUGUAUCGAGGCAAAGAAUAUGAACGACGUGAGGACUUUGAAGCUAGGCUGCUGACUCAGUUUCCUAAUGCAGAGAAAAUGAAGACAACAAGCCCACCCAGUGAUGACAUUAAGAAUUCAGCUGGGCAGUAUAUUCAGUGCUUUACAGUGAAGCCUGUUCUUGAACUGCCUCCAAAGUUUUAUAACAAGCCCGUGUCAGACCAGAUCUUAAGUUUUUAUACAGUGAAUGAGGUUCAGAGGUUCCAGUACUCAAGACCAAUCAGAAAAGGAGAGAAAGAUCCCGACAAUGAGUUUUCUAACAUGUGGAUUGAACGCACUACUUAUGUUAUAGCAUAUAAGCUGCCAGGUAUCUUGAGAUGGUUUGAAGUAAUAUCCUCUUCCACAAUUGAAAUCAGCCCAUUAGAAAAUGCAAUUGAAACAAUGCAGCUUACAAAUGAGAAGAUAAAUACCAUGGUUAAGCAGCAUUUAAAUGACCUCAGCCUACCCAUCAACCCCUUGUCAUUGUUACUGAAUGGGAUAGUCGAUCCUGCAGUCAUGGGAGGAUUUGCAAAUUAUGAAAAGGCCUUCUUUACUGAAAAGUACAUGCAAGAACACCUACAGGAUCUAGACAAGAUUGAAAAGUUAAAGGAUCUGAUAGCAUGGCAGAUUCCCUACCUGGCUGAAGGAAUCAAAAUUCAUGGAGAGAAAGUCACAGAAGCUCUGAGGCCUUUUCAUGAGAGAAUGGAAGUUUGCUUCAAACAGCUGAAAGAAAAAGUAGAAAAGCAAUAUGGUGUACGGACAUUGGUUUCAGGCAUGGAUGACCAAAAAGGGAGUCGACCAAAGUCAAUGAUAAGAUCAUUUACAAUGCCAUCUUCUUCAAGACCUUUGUCUGUUGUGUCAGUGUCAUCUGAUGGUACACCUUCUAGGCCUGGAUCUGAUGGGUUUAUACUUGAACCACUCUUGCCAAAGAAAGCACAUUCAAGAUCUCAGGAUAAACUGGACAGAGAUGACGUGGAAAAAGAGAAAAAAGAUAAGAAAAAAGAAAAGCGAAACAGCAAGCACCAAGAAAUAUUUGAUAAAGAGCUCAAAGCUGCAGAAAUUCCACUCCAACAGCCAGAGGCUGUAAUUCUUUCAGAAACGAUCAGUCCACUGCGACCUCAGAGACCAAAGAGCCAGGUGGUCAGUGCAAUAAGUGGUGACAGACGUAUGUCCACCUCACCAUCGACAGGAGCUUCACAACCAGGACCACCAGUAGUAGCUGCAAAGAUCAAAUUGACCUUCCCACCAGUACCCAAUCCAGAGUUCAAUGGCAUGGCAAGUCCUGAGAUAACAAAUGUUCCACCUCCUCUGCCUGUCAAAGUAUGCACUUCUGACUAUGGAAACAUAAUGGAGAACCAGGAGUUGAUGAUCCCUACAACACCACCUCCACCACCACCACCACAUAGUAGGCACCUUCCUCCUCCACUGCCUAGCAAAACGCCACCACCACCUCCUCCAAAGGCAGCCCGAAAACAAGCAUCUCUUGACACCGGUCUAGCACCAUGAACAAAUGGUAUCAUUCCUUAAAUGCAUUGCUGUAUUAUAUUAUUCUACUAUGUUUUCAAAGCAUACAGUUAUAGUAUGUUUACCUCAUUUGAAAAAGAACAAUAUUUUUAGUGCAAUGAAUUUUAUAUAAUUUAUAUAUUAUGUGUAUGUAAACAAAGUAGUUUGCUUCUAACUCUUGGGUUUAGUUGCUUAUGGGUUUUAGUUAUUAAUUUGCUCAUAAUCUGCAGGUUUUUCAGUUCAAUGUUCUUGCAUUAUUCGAACUUACACACCAGCUAAUACUGACAAUAAUUUAGCAAUUUAUAGUUUUUAGCGACACUGUAAACUCUCUGGUGAUUGGCGGACAUUGAUUACUGGUUACAUGGAGAGAGUACCACUUUAACAUUGUGUCAUUAUUUUGUAUAGAAAGUGUAUAUAUGAUUGCUAAAUCUUUUAAUUUGUUUUAUGUUGGAUGCAUUUAUAAAAGAUUUGCUACAUUAUAUUUUCAAAAAACUCUUCGUAUGUUCAGAUUUGAUGCUAGAGAACUUUGUACAAUAUUGUUAACGUUUUUGAGAUAUUUAAAACUGAAAAUAACUUGGCAGUUGCUCUUGCAAAAUAUUUUUUUACUGUUUUAUGAGAUCUGAUUUUAACACUGUAAUAUCAUAUGCUGUUAAGAAGCAAACUGAAGAGGCUGUUUUAAUUUCUUGACUUAUGGAAAUAAAGUCUUGUUAUUAAAAAUAA